AUGAAAGUGUUCUAUUCUGUGGAAUUGGUUGUUUGGAAAAAUUAUGUCUGUAAAGAGUUGGAAUAUAAUCCUAAUGAAUUGGACUUCGAUUUAGGCGAGGAAGGCGAAUUGAAGGUUUCCUUAGUUACAACUUCUUUUAACAUUAAUUUUCAGUGGAAAACAGCAAUUCAAGAAAGGAUUCAUAAUUACCAUUAUUACAAGAAAUACUCUUCUCGUAUAUACUUUGAUGUGGCAAUUGGUGAUUAUAAAAUGAAUGAAAUUGCUAAUUUGUUUCUUAUGGAAAAUCUCCCAAAAUUCUUCGUUUGCAAUUAA